GCUGGAGGUGCUGUCCGCUGAGCGGCUGAGGGGCUGAGGGGGAGCGGAGCGGAGCCGAGCGGCUUUCACACUGAAAAUGGUGGCCGGGGCGUGCGGGCGAAAGUUGGCGCGGCGCUCGAAAUCGGCGGCGAUCGUGGCGCUGAGCAUCCUCCUGGUGCAGACCCUGCUGGUGUGGAAUUUUAGCAGCUUGGACGGCGAGGGGGAGAGCGGCGGGGAGCAGAGAGGGAGACACAUCCGAGAGGUCCCCCGGAGAGGAGCUGCCUUCCCCGGACAAGCUUUGGAUGUGCUUCUUUCUCACAAGCCAAAGGAAAAAAAUCGGAUCGACAGUAAUAAUGAAAACUCUGUCCCGAAAGACUUUGAAAAUAUUGACAAUAGUAACUUUGGGCCAAGAAUGCAAAGGCAGAAGUUGCAGUCGGAAGUGAAAAGUAAAGCUCCAAUUGUGCAGAAAACCAAGAACGAACAGGUGGGCAAAGCCAAGGACCAUUCAUUGUUGGGGAAGAACACCAAUGAAGUCCUGAAGUAUGGGAACUAUAAGGUCAAAAAUGCCAGCAAUUUACCACCAAGCUACAAGACUGGUAGCUUGUACAAAGGUGGGGUGAUUGGAAAAGGUUCUCAAGAAAUCCAUGAUGAACAGACUCCCAGAUGUGAGAUAUCGGGCAAGGAAGCACUAUCAGCACUCACCAGGGCUAAAAGCAAGCAUUGCCGACAGGAGAUUGCUGAGCUGUAUUGCCUUCAUAAAGAUAGAAAGUUAAUGCCGGAAAAGGUACCUCGAUUGUGUCCAUUGGAGGGAAAAGCAGUAAAUAAUAUCCAGCCAGAGGAUGACUCCUUGGAAACUCUGCCUCCAAACCCUGUUAGAAUCGCCUUCGUUUUGGUUGUCCAUGGUAGAGCUUCACGACAGCUGCGGCGCAUGUUCAAGGCAAUUUAUCACAAAGAUCACUACUAUUAUAUACACGUGGACAAGCGAUCGAACUAUCUGCACCGGGAUGUGUUACAGUUUGCUAGCCAGUACCCAAACGUGCGAAUCACACCAUGGCGGAUGGCCACCAUCUGGGGUGGGGCAAGUCUGCUGACUAUGUACCUGCAGAGCAUGAGGGAUCUACUGGAGAUGAAAGACUGGUCCUGGGACUUCUUCAUCAAUCUAAGUGCUGCUGACUAUCCCAUAAGGACUAAUGAUCAACUGGUGGCUUUCUUGUCAAGAUACAGGAACAUGAACUUUCUGAAGUCGCAUGGCAGAGACAAUGCAAGGUUCAUAAGGAAACAGGGUUUAGACAGGAUUUUCUUUGAAUGUGACACACACAUGUGGCGCCUAGGAGACAGGAAAAUCCCGGAAGGCAUUACUGUAGACGGUGGUUCUGACUGGUUCCUCCUCAGUAGAAAAUUUGUGGAAUAUGUGAACUAUUCAGAAGACGAGCUGGUGACCCACAUGAAGCGGUUUUAUGCCUACACCCUGCUGCCAGCUGAGUCCUUCUUCCACACUGUCCUGGAGAAUAGUCACCUUUGUGAGACAAUGGUCGAUAACAACUUGCGCAUUACUAACUGGAAUCGGAAGCUAGGCUGUAAAUGCCAGUACAAACACAUUGUGGACUGGUGUGGCUGCUCCCCCAAUGACUUCAAACCACAGGAUUUCCAUCGCUUCCAGCAAACUGCAAGACCAACAUUUUUUGCUCGGAAGUUUGAAGCUGCGGUUAACCAAGAAAUCAUUGGUCAGCUGGACUUCUACCUGUUUGGGAACUACCCAGCUGGCACAACAGCCCUGAAAGCUUAUUGGGAAAAUGUAUACGAUGAGCCAGAUGGCAUCCACAGCAUCAGUGACACAUAUCUGACCAUGUAUCACUCAUUCACUCGCCUAGGCCUGAAGAGAGCAGAGACUUCCUGGCAUUCAAAAGAGGAGAAUAAGUGCAGAUAUUACGCGAUGGGUCACCCAGUCUCUGUUCAUCUCUACUUCUAUGCCGACCGGUUCCAAGGCUAUCUGCUGAAACACCAUGCAACAAAUCUGGCUACCAGCAAACUUGAAACAAUGGAGACUUGGGUGAUGCCAAGGAAAAUGUUUAAAAUUUCUAAUCCCGCCAGUGACUUUGCGCGGCUACAGUUUGCUGAGAUUGGCACAGAGUGGGAUGCUAAGGAGAGAAUUUUCCGGAACUAUGGAGGACUCAUUGGCCCCAUGAACGAGCCUAUUGGCAUGCAGAAGUGGGGCAAGGGCCCCAAUGCUACGGUCACUGUUGUUUGGAUCGAUCCAAUUAACGUCAUUGCAGCUACGUACGAUAUUCAAAUUGAGUCGGGUGCCGAGUUCACUCACUACAAACCUCCGCUGAACUUACCCCUGCGCCCAGGCCUGUGGACUAUUAAAGUUCUGCAUCACUGGGCACCUAUAGCUGAGACAAAGUUUUUGGUUACUCCUCUGACAUUCUCAAACAGGCAGCCAAUCAGAAAAGAGGAAACACUCAAGUUACACAGUGGUCCAUCAAAGAAUGCCUACAUGGAGCAGAGUUUCCAGGGUCUGAAUAAUGCCCUGAAUAUCCACACAACUCCAAGCCAAUUGGAACAGGCGAAGCAUAAUGCAGCACUCACAGGCUCACAGCUGGAGAACUGGGUGGAUCCCAUGGUGAACAGUUUAUGGUCAGCAGUGGAUAUUUGUGCCAGUGGCCCCACCUCUUGCCCGGUUAUGCAGACCUGCAGUCAAACAACCUGGAGUUCACAGAGUCCUGACCCCAAGUCAGAACUGGGUCCUGUCAAAGCGAAUGGGCGUUUGAGGUAGCACCUAAUGCACCCCUCAAAUUAUUGUAAAAACACGAAAUGCCUGAUAGUGGUUUCAAUCUCUGCAAUUGGGUCUCUCCGUUAGUUCUUAGCAACAGUUCCCAGAUGUCUUCAUAGAAUUGUGGCAAAGCUAGGGCAGUGCAUUUAAACUUGAAGACAGUGAUAUUAACAGAGGCAAACAGUGUUAGCUGUGCUGGCACUGUGAAAGAAACAGUCGUAUUAUCAUGUACUACAGAAAGUCUAGAAGGAAAAUUUAGCACUCUAUUUAUUUAAACAUUUUAGUCAGUGACUAAUGAGUAGAUGCUGCUUUUGCAGCUUGGUAUAUAUAUCCUAUUACUAAUCUGCCUUUAUUAACAAAGGCCUGUGCCCAGACUUCCUACCUUCUUUACCUUUACCUGACCUAAAAGCUGUAGAAGGUCUUAAAGCUUCUGUCAACCAGACUAUUUAAAUUGGAAUAUAAUAGUUGCACCUACUGUAAAAGAGACAGCCAGCUCUCCUAAAUGGGUUGUAACGCACUUUGUUGAAAUGGUGCUCUCAGCACUGACUACUCUAAGUACAUUACAGAUGAUUAGAGCAGCCAGGAACUUGAAAACGAUGUAGGUUAAAAUCAUUACAAUGUUAGCAACCCCAAAGCAAAUUAUUUAAGUUCAUUAAAGCUGAAAAUUUUUGGAAUCCAUCCAAUUUCUCAUGGCAGUAAUAUAGCAACUAUUUUUUAAAUUAUUUAGAUCAUACAUUCCUUUUUAAAUUUAAAGUUUUUUUUAAAGUUUGUAACAAAUUUUGCAAAAAAAUUAAUCACAUUGCACUUUCAAUGUAAAAGCUUCUUGAAUAUAGCACCAGAAAUGCGUCUUUAUAUUCAAAUCUUAAGGGUUACAUAUUCAAAGUGGCUAAAAAUGUGUUAUCUCUGAUUAAACAUUAUCUACUGUAGAUGAAUACAAAUCCAAAAGUUUUUACUUUUUUAUAUUUAUGUUAUUAUUAGGGUUUCUCAGAAGUGCUAUUUCUUGUCCCGUCCAUGCACAGUUUGCAUAAUCAUUGUUCUUUGAUGUGAGUCAUGGGCUGGGGUUGAAAAUUUUAUUGAAGGUCUUUUGAACAGUUAGUGAGAUGCACUUAUUUGAUCUCAGCAGGUAAAGCUACUGUUUGAUGGGCUUUUAUUGUAAUAGGCAAUCUGGUACCCUUGCUCAUUUACUUCACCACACUGGAACAAAUUAGGUUCCUGCAAAUAUUAGUCUGAAUAUCAGAUGAAGCUCACCCCAGUUUUAACUUGAACUAUAAUGGCCUGUCAGUAUUCCUGUUAAUAAUUUAUAUGUUUAAGUAAUUUUAAAUGUUAGAUGGAUUCAGAGUUACAUUUUAUCAGCGUCACCUUACCGAAACAUAGUUCCUACUUUGAUUUAAAUGCUUCUCAACGCUUUCUAUGUGAACUCACAGUGGCAAUGAUUGCUAAAACCCUUGGGUGGUAAAGAAUUUACAGUUGCUCUGAAUCACAGCACCCUCCUUGUUAAACAGCAACUUUGCAACAAGGGAAAAAUGAAGCAUUUCUGAAGUUUUAAUGGAAAAGGCUGGAAACACACAGCAGAUUAGUCAACAUGGGGGAGGGAGCAAUAGUUGGGCAUUACCAUGGUCAAGAUGCAGGGUGCCUUUUCAAACAUCUACCUACUCCCUUCCUGCAAGUCAAUUAACCUCCAGUGCAUUUCAAACGUUUUUUUGUUUUUAUUCCAGAUUUCCAUCUGCGGCAGUUUUUUUUUAAUGUAAUGGUUAUAUUUACUGAAAUGAAUACUUCAAACGAUAGGACUAGGAACAUCGGCUUCCUACACCAUUCCAGUGCAGCAGUUGAUUUAUAGCAGCAAGAUAAAGGCAAAAUACCGUGGAUGCUGGAAAUCUGAAACAAAAACAG